GAUGCAAUCAAAUUGUAUUCUUUAUCCAAUUAUUUCUACUGCUUUUUACACUAAAUUACCUGUAUUAUUAUCCUCUUUCAUCGCUUCCUCCGAGUCGUAUCCCGGCCCGGAGUGUUGGCGCCAUACACCGCCGCAUCUGACAAUCGGCCUACCUUUUAGGUAGGCAAGUAUCAAGAUCGCUUACAAUGGCACCAACUUCAGAACGAUCUGUCGCGUACGGAUCUGGACCCGAGUGGUCGACGCACAAUUAUUCCAAAAAUUCGAACGUAUCUCUCUAUUCUCUCACUGAGUUCCUCAACUACGAUGAAAGGCCAUUUUCAGAAAGAUUCAUAGUUGCAGGGCAUCCAUAUGACACUUACAAGGAAUCUGUUGAGUCGACCCUCAGACGCUGGGAACGAAGCUGGUACACUGCCGGAAAUAUAACCGGCGAGCAACACGGAAUUCAGAGUCAUGUGGGCCCCAUAGUCAAACCAAGGAAUACAACUCGAACCCGACACACAGAAGCCGAACUUACCCGUCGUAUCACUGAAUGGCUCCUAAAUUGGCUUAGGCGGUGGGCGGCUGCGGCUCCGUUGGUAGAUGGGUCUUCAGGGGGUUCUAGAACUACCGGGUCAGGCCAUGCUUUAGGUGCAGGAAUCUCAUCCGGGAAAUCAUCAAUUUCCAAUGCGGCGGGUAAGCGACGCAGAGAGCCAGGAAAAGAUGGGGACGAGGACAACAAUGAACAGUCUAAGAAAGCCAAGACAGGACCGUCUCCAAGGAAUACGCGAGAGUAUCUAGCAUGUCCAUUCCUCAAGUACAAUCCACAGAGAUACGGACAGGAUGGAAGGUGUUGUAGGCGAUGGCCAAAUGUAAGCAGACUGAAAACGGAUCACAUUUACCAGUGUCAUCAAGUGCCUGGGGUGCAGUGUCCGCGAUGUGGUGGCAUUAUCUACAACCAUAACAAGUUUGAACAUGCCUCCUGCACGGUACGAAACUUUCAACCCAGAGAGGGCGCUGAUUCUUCCAUGAUGCAAGAACUCCGUUCCAAAUCGACCGCUCGAAACGAGUCCGAAGAAGGAAAAUGGCAUGCGGUAUAUGGGAUCCUGUUUGGAGUUCCUCGGGAGCAGCAACCUAGUCCCUGUAAGUACCUACCUAAGCAUCUCAGCUUACUCCCAGAUCCGGCGCCCCGCUAAACCAGGAAUCAGAUCCGGACAACUACUCUUACUUUCGACAAGCAAUUGUCACCUCCCUACAAUCAAGCAUCGGCCCUAUCGUACGGAGAGCGUUACGAGCGCCAAAUUACGCGCCGGGCUGGGAAGAAAGCGUCUCUAGGAACAUUACCAAUGAUCUGAUCGGAUUA